UGUGGAGCUGCUCUGGUCGGAGCUCAUUCAGACAGAGGUGGUUCAGACUGACAGUCGGUGGUGAACGGAGAGUUUUCUGCUCUGUGAUGGCAGGUUAGGAGUAAACACCAUGGUGGGAGUGGAGCGCAGGUCUGAGCAGGUGAGGGUGUGAUCGCGCCGCGAGGCCAGCAAGCUGGUCAGAGGAGAAGAAAUGGCUCAAAGCGUUAACUUUGACCUGGGUCACCCCCAAGUGGAAGCUGGACUGGAAAGCCCAGCAGAUGAAGAUGCUGUUCAUAAUUCGUUCAGCCAGCUGAUUUCAGAAGUUGGAGAACAACAGAGUCAGAGCGAAGAUUGGGCUGCCAUCGAGCUGCAGAAUCUGCAGAAGGAUCUGGAAGAGGAGGAUCGAGACAAUGUGGCACGUCUGUCAGACCCUGAGGACCCGCGAUGGAGGAUAGGAAGUGGAGACACUGAAGAAGAGGACAAUGGCAGACAAACGGACCCUCUUGUCCAGGAGCGCUGGUCUUCAGCCACCAUGAAGAUCCUCUCCUCCAUGCCUAGUCGCACUAUUGGCCGUAGCAGAGGAGCCAUCAUCUCUCAGUACUACAACAGGUCCAUGCAGCUCCGAAGACGCAGGCAGAGCAGACCGGCCAUCAAAGACUUCUCUCACUCUGCCAGACCCAGCAUACGGGGUUAUGGCAUGGACGCAGACACUACGGACUCAGCAGACAAUAAGCAGGAACGCUUGGUGAACAACCUGCAGAACUUGUCGGUGGGAGACAGAGAGAGGAUGCUUCGAGCGAUGCCUCUCAAUCUGGCUGAGAAAAGAAACCUCAGGAGGUUGACAUUGGAAAAAAAUAAACAAACGCAUUCCAGCAGUAAGAUUACCUGUUACAGUCGUCUGAAAUAUGCCAUCAUGAGGGCUUUGAGGCACUGCUGGUACAGCCUGUUGUCCUUCCUGCACUCCCUUAUUCUGUGGCAAAUGCCGCUCAAGAGAGUCAGCGGGCGCUUCGGCAGCGGGGUCCUCUCCUACUUCCUGUUCAUCAAGACUCUUCUCUUCUUCAACGUCUUCCUGCUUCUGGUCACGGGCUCGUUCCUGGUGGUCCCGCAGGCGGUGUACCCCCCGGGGCGGCACGAAGGAAACCAAGCCUUCACGGGGCUGGAGCUCCUCACCGGAGCGGGCUUUUUCUCUGACACCCUGAUGUACUACGGAUACUACAGCAACAACACACUACAGAGCAGCAGGACUCACAGUACGGAGAAUAACAUCUCUGCCAAGACGGAGGGCAAGUACCUCUCCUACAACAUGCCACUGGCCUAUUUCUUCACAAUAGGAAUGGCCCUCUUCAUCACAUGCAUCAUCCUUGUGUACAGCAUGUCAAAAUCGUUUGGACGGAGCUUCAGGAUCGACAAGUCUCACAGCAUGCUGGCCAUGAAGGUGUUCUGCUCGUGGGACUUUAAGGUCAUCAAGCCGAACCCGGUCAAACUCAUGUCUGAAAACAUCUGCACCCAGCUCAAGGAACUUUUGGCAGAAUUAAGUGACAGGAAUAAUAAGGACACGGUUUUACAGACGUUGUGGAGAGCGAUGGUUCACGGCCUGGCUUGGGCGAUCUGCAUUGCGGGAACCAUUGGAUGCGUGACCAGCAUUUACUUCUUCUCAGAUUACAUGCACAACAGCCAGCGGAUGAAGAGCAAUAAUAUUUCCAGCAACCAACUAUUGAGAGAGGCCAGCCUCUUGGCCCUGCCUGUCCUCGUCUCCUUGUUCAACUUGCUGUUGCCGGUCCUCUUCAACGUCGCUGCCUGGAUGGAGGAGUACGACUCGCCAUCUGUACGCACAUAUGUUGCACUCAGUCGAAACUUGAUGUUAAAAGUGAGCGUGCUCGGAGUCCUUUGCUACCACUGGUUGGGUCGGGUGGCUGUUAAUUCUAACAAUACUACUUACAUUAAGAGCUCAUCAGAGUGCUGGGAGAGCUUUGUUGGUCAGGAGCUUUAUCGCUUCCUAAUCAUCGACUUCAUCUUCACUCUGCUGGACACUUUGUUUGGGGAGCUGCUCUGGAGGUUGUUUUCUGACAAUGCGCUCAAGCGAAAAAGAAGACCGGGCUUUGACAUCGCUAAGAAUGUCCUGGACCUCAUCUACGGACAGACAUUAGCCUGGUUGGGUCUACUUUUCACUCCUCUCCUGCCUGCUGUGCAGAUUCUGAAGUUGGUGCUGCUCUUCUACAUUAAGAUGAGCAGUGUGAUGAUGAACUGUCAGGCCCCCAGGAGGCCGUACAGAGUCAGCCAGAUGACCACCAUCUUCAUCACUCUCCUGUGCUUCCCCUCCUUUCUCGGAGCCUCUGUCUGUGUCACAUACACCAUGUGGAGUAUCGAACCUUCGGCGUCGUGCGGCCCCUUCCGCGGCCUCAAAACCAUGUUCAAGGCGGGGAAACACUGGAUGGAAGCGCUGGAGAGGGAAAACCCACACUUGUCCCUGCUGGCCAAGGCUCACACCUACCUGGUGGAAAACCCCUUUUUCCUGUUCGUGGGCGCUGGCAUCUUUCUGAUAGUCAUCUACUUCCACAGUCAGGUGGUGGACGGCCAACGGAAGAUCAUCACCUUGCUGCAGGAGCAGAUAGAAAAUGAGGGAGAAGAUAAAAAGUUCCUAAUUACUCGGCUUCAGUCCAUCCAUGCGAAGAAACGAGCGUCAAAUAGAGUCACAAGUCAGGACUCUGGAUGUUAAGGCUUCUGGAAGAUAAACCUCCUCAAUUGUCUGAGGAAUCUUCAGCCACCGGGUUUGUAACUGGAAUAGCAACAAGGAAAGACGAGCCGUCAUAAACUUUAUGCAGUGGUGGAAGUUAAAUUAUGCUUUUUAUUUGGAGGAAAUUAGCAAAAUGAAACCACUGGCAUAAACAAAGCCAUCUCUUUUUAUAGUAAACAUUUUAAUAGAUAUUUAUAUUUUUACUUUUGAUGCCUUAUCUGCACGUAGUUCUGAAAACGAUCAAGGAAUGGCAGAAUUAUGUGUCAUAGGAUAGAAAAAGGUCUUUUUAGAAGCUAACUGAGAAACAUCAAGAUCAUUUUGUCUGUAAAGGAGAAAUAUUUAGUAUUCAUCUCUUCUUAAAGGAGCACUUUUAUACUAACUGUGAAGUUUUUUUCUGUUGUAGAAAUCCAAAGAUUUCAUUAUUGUGCCAUAGGUAAACCUUGGGAUUUCAGGUGUUGUCAUGGGUGUAAAUAUUAUUCCUUUUUUUUUUUUCAUAGUGAAAUUAUCGUUUUGCUUUUGUAAGUAAAUUACAUUUUACUACA